AUGCCGACAUCUACGCUGGCCAAGGUCAUUGAAAUGCCUAGCAACGACCACGGAAUAUCAAACAUCAUAAGAGCAAUAAUCGGUGUACAAGUCGACCCUGGUAAGCGAGAGCUGAGGCCGAGAUGCAUUCGUUGCGGCAAAGCCCGUUCUGCAAAGUAUCGCCGAAAUAGUGCAUCGACAGAGAUAUGCUCAAGACCAGCGUGUGAUUCCUAUGUCAAGGGCAUUGUUCCGACCGAAGAGGCCCAGGAGAAACAUAUCGUCUUGGAGGUCCAUCACUAUUUCCAUGAGCAUGGGGAAUCGGACCCCAGCCCAGCGCAGCCUCAACUUGCGGAAGUGUCUGGCGAAAGUGCAGCAGAAAGGCGACUAGAAAUGCCAGACAACUGGUCGCAUCGUGUCACUCGAGCGAUGGCCAGACAGUACGAGGCUAACAUCAAUGAACGCCCUCCAUCCUAUCGAAGUUUUAAUAAACCCACUUUAGUACUUUCAGGUUCUACUCCUUGCUCGGCAACAGCGGCUCAAGCCCAAGAUAGUAAGUCAUUGAUGAACUAUUAG